GCGGUCGCCACCCGCUGUCCCUUCCCCGGGCUCCGGCUGGCGCGGGCGCGGCCGGGAGGCGGUGCGGGUGGCAGUGGGGUCCCGGGGGCGGGCUCUCGUCCGCGAAGGGGCCGACGACGCGCCGCGCGAGGAGGGAGGAAGCAGGUGCAGAGCUGCGCGCGCGGGUGGCGGGCGGGGAGACGCGCGGCCGCCCCGGGUGUCCGGCCCUGUGCGCGGGCCUGUGAUCAGGAAAGGCGGCGAGGAGGGAUGGCGCCGCAGCCCCGCUCCGUGGGCGUGCACGAAAGGCACUCGUGUCCAGGGCCCUCGGGGGCCUGCGCGGACUUGGGUGGUGCUCUGAAAGCGUGUGAGGAGGGGUGAGAAAUGUCUUUGAGAAUUUUGCACAGAAAACACGCGUGGAGACGGGCGGCCAAUAGCUGAAGUCAGUCCUCCGCUGCCAGACGCUCACCAGGUGUCCCUAGUUCCGUGGCUGGGAUGUUGGUGGAGCUGGCGCUGAAGGCAGGUGUGCUUGGUGUCCAAGCACCUGUGCCCCGUGCACUGCACCUGAGCAGAGUGCCUUCUGCCCUCUGACCUUUGUUGACUAGGGCUGUUAAGCAGUAGGAAACGGAAUUUGGGAUACUGCAGACAGUGAUUUUUGAGGGAAAUGGUAGGACGGGUGCUGGAACCUUAGCUAGGGAGGGUAAGGUGCGUGCUGUCCCUGUGCCUCCACGUGUGCACGAGGUGUCCCGGCGUGGCCCCCACCCCUGUCCCCUGGUGUGUAAAGGGGUGGUGUGAGGGCUCUGGAAAUGAGAAAUUAGCCCUAUCUGGGGCAGAGAAGUGCCCUGGAGACUGACAUCUGAUACGAUGAGUAGUCUGGGGCCCCCAUAGAGGCAUUGUCUGUAUGUCAAUAUCUUAUACCUGUAAUCGCCUCUGGUCCGCUUAAAGGUAAAACUGUGUUCUGAAGGUUUGUAUUGCUUAUCGAGCAGUUCAUAAUCCUAGUUCAACUUUCUUUCAGGUUUACUGGGUUAAUGAUCUCGAAUGCUCUCAUUAGAGCCCCGCUGUGAACAGCACUGUUGGUGGAGGGGGCUAAGUUUUGUUGCUGACUUUUCUACCUCCCUAACACAUUUUCCCCCUUCUGUUCCCUCUCUGCCUAUGGACACAGGAUGCCUCUAGCAUGACAGGCGCAGAGAUUCUGCCAGCUUUGUAGCCAUGAAGGAGACGGACCGGGAGGCUGUUGCGACAGCGGUCCAGAGGGUUGCUGGGAUGCUUCAGCGCCCGGACCAGCUGGACAAAGUGGAGCAGUAUCGCCGAAGAGAGGCCCGGAAGAAGGCCUCUGUGGAGGCCAGAUUGAAGGCCGCGAUCCAGUCGCAGUUGGACGGGGUGCGCACGGGCCUCAGCCAGCUCCACAGCGCGCUGAGCGACGUCAAGGACAUCCAGCGGUCCCUGGCCGACGUCAGCAAGGACUGGAGGCAGAGCAUCAACACCGUCGAGAGCCUCAAGGCUGUGAAGGACGCCGUCGUGCGGCACAGCCAGCUCGCGGCCGCCGUGGAGAACCUCAAGAACAUCUUCUCAGUGCCCGAGAUCGUGAGGGAGACCCAGGACCUCAUAGAGCAAGGGGCGCUGCUGCAGGCCCACCGGAAGCUGAUGGACCUGGAGUGCUCCCGCGACGGGCUGAUGUACGAGCAGUACCGCAUGGACAGCGGGAACGCGCGUGACAUGAGCCUCAUCCACAGCUACUUUGGGAGCACGCAGGCGCUGUCCGACGAGCUGGCCAAGCAGCUGUGGAUGGUGCUGCAGCGGUCCCUGGUCACCGUGCGCCGCGACCCCACCUUGCUGGUCUCCGUGGUCAGGAUCAUCGAAAGGGAAGAAAAGAUUGACAGGCGCAUACUUGACCGAAAGAAGCAAACUGGCUUCGUUCCUCCUGGAAGGCCCAAGAACUGGAAGGAGAAGAUGUUCGCCGUCCUGGACAGAACCGUGACCACGAGGAUCGAGGGCACGCAGGCGGACACCAGGGAGUCUGACAGGAUGUGGCUCGUGCGCCACCUGGAGAUCAUAAGGAAGUGUGUCCUGGACGACCUCCUCGUCGCCCGGAGCCUGAUGGUGCAGUGCUUUCCUCCUCGCUACCAGAUUUUCAGGAGCCUCCUGAACGUGUACCACCAGGCUCUAAGCACGCGGAUGCAGGAGCUCGCAGCAGAGGACCUGGAAGCAAACGAGAUCGUGAGCCUGCUGACCUGGGUCCUAAACACUUACACCAGUGCAGAGAUGAUGGGGAACGCAGAGCUGGCCCCGGACGUGGACGUCGGGGUCCUGGAGCCCCUGCUUUCUCCAGACGUGGUCGCCGAGCUGCUCGACACCUACAUGUCGACUCUGACAUCAAACAUCAUUGCCUGGCUGCGGAAAGCCCUGGAAACAGACAGGAAGGACUGGGUGAAAGAGACUGAACCUGAGGCCGACCAGGACGGCUACUACCAGACGACACUGCCCGCCAUCGUCUUCCAGAUGUUUGAACAGAACCUUCAAGUCGCUGCUCAGAUAAGUGAAGAUUUGAAAACAAAGGUACUCGUUUUGUGUCUUCAGCAAAUGAAUUCUUUUUUAAGUAGUGCCAUCAACCCACCGAUCUGUCAGGAGCGUUCCGUGGGGCCGCCUGACACCAGGUACAAAGAGGAGGCGCAGCUGUACAAGGAGGAGCACCUGCGGAAGCGGCAGCACCCGCACUGCUACGUGCAGUACAUGAUCGCGCUCAUCAACAACUGCUGGACCCUCAGAGAAUCCAUAGUCAGUUUGAAAAGAAAGUAUCUGCAGCAUGACGCGGACGAAAGCGUGUCUCUGAGCCAGCCGAGCAUGGAUGGGCUUCUGGACGCCAUCGCUGAGGAGGGCUGCAGCAGCCUGCUUGAGGAAGUCUUCCUGGACCUGGAGCAACAUCUCAAUGAGCUGAUGACAAAGAAGUGGCUGUUAGGAUCAAAUGCUGUAGACAUCAUCUGUGUCACCGUGGAAGACUAUUUUAAUGAUUUUGCCAAAAUUAAAAAGCCAUAUAGAAAGCGGAUGAUCGCCGAGGCGCACCGGCGCGUGGUGCAGGAGUACCUGCGGGCCGUCCUGCAGAAGCGCAUCUCGUUCCGGAACGCCGAGGAGCGCAAGGAGGGCGCCGAGCGCAUGGCGCGGGAGGCCGAGCAGCUGCGCUUCCUCUUCCACAAGCUGGCUGCCGGGUUUGGUGAGGAGAUGGACGGGCACUGUGACACCAUCGUCGCCGUUGCCGAAGUCAUUAAGCUCACGGACCCUUCUCUGCUCUACCUGGAGGUCUCGACUCUGGUCAGCAAAUACCCAGACAUCAGGGACGAGCACAUCGGCGCGCUGCUGGCCGUGCGGGGGGACGCCAGCCGGGACAUGAAGCAGACCAUCAUCGAGACGCUGGAGCAGGGCCCGGCCCAGGCGAGUCCAGACUACGUGCCCAUCUUCAAGGAUAUCGUGGUUCCUAGCCUGAACGUGGCCAAGCUCCUCAAGUAGCCGGCGGGGCCCCCCACCAGGCGUCAGCUGCGUGUCUGGGGACGGCCUUGUCUCGGGAGAGCUCCCCCUCGCCUCUGUGCUGUGUACACACUUCUGAAACUGCUGCUCAGUCGAGUCUGGACUUCCGAUGGGACGUGAGGGCUUCCCGCUGUGAGGGUCUCUUCCUGGUGAUGAGCCAGCCCGCUGGGGUCUGGUGGGCGCACUGCUCCCUCCCUCCCUCCCUCCUCCCUGCCACCGGGUGGGUGUGGCGCGUGAAUCCCCACCGCCUGCAAAUCCAUCUUACUUUUCCACCAAGUGAAUUGCAGAGUCGCACCCUGAGUAAACGGUGAGCCCCGUGUGGUCCCUACCCUCGCCGCCGCCCUGCUGGACAGGUUUCUCGGCAGCCGAGCUCCGAGAGAACCACGGGGAUGGCUCCAGCGUUCGCCCCGUUCCUCCUCCCGUGCAGGACGUGGCGUGUGCGGUGCUGGGCUGCUCUGAGGGUCCCAGUUCCUUCCUCACAGGCUUUCAGGACGGAAGAGUGGAUGCUGUGCUCUUAUUUCCUCCUCACGAGGGGUGAAAAAUUCACAGGUGGGACUUUUUUCUUGAAGGAUCAAAACCUAAAUGGAGACAUGAGGGUGUUCUUACAAGUGUUGCUCAGAAGAGACGUGACCUUCCUCGAGGCUUCUUGCCAGUGUGCUGUCUGUUAAUACACGUUAAUCAGUUCCCUGUGUGACGAGACUUAGUGUCUAGUAGGUAGCGGUGCUCAGUACACAGUUUUUGAAUUAAUAAAGUCGAGUGUUAACAAUCGUUAGUCAUUGCCCCUUA